AUGCGCGUGCGGUGGAUGAAGCGGAAGGGAAUUAAGAGCGGCGCCGCCGCCGCCGCCGGCGGCGGCGGCAACGGCACGAAGACCGGGAAGACCACCGGCGGGAAGAAGGCGGCGUCCGCGAAGACCAAGGCGCCGCGCUCGACGCGGGGGCAGCCGCAGCCGCGACCGGGGGGGUCGACGGCGACGACGUCCAUGGGCACGCACGCGCACGCGCCGCCGGGGACGUACGGAUACGACGCGCAUCAGCAGCACCCGCAGCAACAGCACGGAGGCGGGUACCCGGCGGUGGCGCCGCGCGGCGGCGGCGGCGGCGGCGCUGCGGACGCGACGCUCUUUUCGCCGCCGACGGCGAUGGGACUCCCGUCCGGGAUGGGCGCGCGGCUGCGCUGGGGCCCGUCGCCGAAUGGCACGCACCAAGUCGGAGGAGGACCGACGGGCACCCCGGCGUACGCGCAGCAACAGCAGCAGCACCAUCAACAGCAUCCGCACGCGCAGCAGCACGCGGCGCACCAUCAGCACCAGGGCGCCGCGAUGAUGCACGGCGGCGGCGCGAUGCAUCCUUACGGCGGCUACGUGAUGCAGCACCCGCCGUCGCAACACCAACAUCAACUUCAACACCAACCCCAACACCACCACCACGGCACCUUCGCGUACGUCGCCGCGGGCCCGCAGGGUCCGUACCACGCGGGCGCUCUGCAGCACGGGCAGCCGACGACGACGCACCCCGCGUAUCAUCACAUGACGCAACGUCAACAUCAGCAGCUCAACGGCGGCGAUCACAUCUUCGGUCCGCAAGCCGGGUACGCCGCGACGUCGCCGCUGCUCGCGGAGGAGCCAGUUGGCGGGAGCGCGCAGGACGACGUGUUCUUCGCGUGGCCGGGAGGCAUGGACGGCGCGGGGCUCGGGAUGGCCGGGAUGGCCGGGAUGGGGAUGGGGAUGGACGGCGGCGGGAUGGGGAUGGGGAUGAUGGACGAAGGCGUGAGCGACAUCUUCCGCGACAACGCGGAGCUCGCGACGGAGAUUUCGAAAAAUUUGCAGCACGGCGCCGCGGACGAGAACGUGCCUCUGCUCGCGCGGUACCGCGAUAACCUCGCGCACGCGAGCGCGGCGAUCGAGCCCGCGGGAGGAGGGGUGCUCGUCGACGGCCUGAACCCGCUGACGUCGCCGCCGGGGAUGCUGCCGGGGACGACGACGACGGGGACGACGAGUCACGUCUUCAUCGAGGAAGAGCCCGCCGGCCGCGCGUCCGCCGGGGGGCCCAACGCCGCCGGCGCCGCGGUCGUCGUCGUCGAGGAGGAGGAGGAGGAGGAGGACGCCUCGCCAGAGGGGACGAUGACGACGACGACGGCGGACGCGGAGGGCGGCGGCGGCGGCGGCGGCGGCGCGGGGACGCGCGCGCGCGUCAGUCCUCUCCGGGGGGCGUCGGCGAGGGCGCGCGCGGGGAAAAAGUCGCCGUCCAAGUCACCCGCGCGGCCGGCGAGGAAAGGGGCGACGACGUCGGUGGUGUCGUCGCCGUCGCCGCGGGGAGGGACGCGGCGGACGCGCGGGUCGUCAGGGAAGAAGUACGCCUCGCUCUUCGGCAGUCGUUUCGAGCACACCGCGCACCCGCUUGGUCUGUUCCUCCUCGUGCGGCUGUGCAUCACCGCCCGCCACUCGUGGUCGCACUCCGCGCACUUCCACAGCGCCUUGUACCCCGACCCCCGCAUCACCUCCGUCGGUCCCUUGUCCGGGUCGACGUACUCCUCGAGGAGUAUCUCCCCUCUCAAGCCGUUCUUCUCGCACCACACGAGGAAGUUGUUGGUUGGAGUGGCUUCGUGGACGAAGGGAAAGGUUCGGUUGCACUCCGGACAUCCCCUGGGUUUGUCGCUCCUCGUGCGGUUUUGCAUCGUCGCCCGCCACUCGUGGCCGCACGCGGCACACUUCCACAGCGCCUUGUAG